AUGGGAUUUGUGUUUUCUAAAAUAUUCAAUUCUCUAAUAGGAUAGAAAGAAAUGCGUAUUCUAAUUUUAGGAUUGGAUAACUCAGGGAAGACAACUAUUUUAUGUAUUCAUAAUUAAUCUAUUUAAAGAUAAAUUGCAUUUGAAUGAGGUAAUCUAAACUGCACCAAGUAAAUCAAUAUUUUAUUAAUAAGCUAUGGGUUUCAAUGUAGAAACUCUUACUUAUAAAAAUCUAAAAUUCCAAGUUUGGGAUUUGGGAGGUCAAAAUGCAAUUAGGUAUUCAUUACAUUUAUACGUGUAGAUUAUAUUGGAGAUCUUAUUACCCAAAUACCAAUGGCAUUAUAUACGUAAUUGACUCUUUUGAUGAAGGAAGACUAAAAACUUCAAAAGAAGAAUUGAUGACCUUAUUAUAAGAAGAAGAACUUAAAAAUGUUCCAUUAUUAAUUUUGGCAAAUAAACAAGUUUAAUUUGGUUAUUAUUAUAAAUUUACAGGAUAUGUAAGGAGCAUUGAGCGAAACUGAAAUUUGUGAGUUCUUAAAAUUAGAAGAAGAAAAAUCACGAAAUUGGACUAUGUAUCAAUUUAUUAUAUUUGAUAUUAGAGUUAAAUGUAGUGCUUUAACAGGUUUAGGUUUAAGUGAAGGUAUGGAAUGGAUGGCUAAUGCUAUGAAAAAAUGAUUAGCCUUGUUUAAUAUAUA